AUGUCUCCCAACGGAACAGCAUUUGUCUACAACCCGGACUCGCCUGAGCCCGCGACGAGAUAUGCGCACGCCCGGGUUGCCCCGGCAUCGGCCCAUCGAACCAUCUACGUCUCGGGCAUUGCCUGCGUACAGCCAGACGGGACGUACGCGGGCGUAACCGAGAAGGCCGACGGAACGCACGAACUCGAUGUGCGAGCCCAGACAGCAGCAGUUCUCAGAAGAAUCGACGACAUCAUCAAGCAGGCGAGCGGCGGCAAGGGUGGAAUCGAGAACGUGAUCGAUUCGGUCGUUUACCUUACCGACAUGAAGAGCCAGUAUGCCGGUAUGAACGAGGAGUGGAACAAGGUCUUCAAAACCCGUGCCGUGGCGCCAGCAAGGGCCACGAUUGGUGUCAAUGAGUUGCCGGAUCCAAGAUUUAUCGUAGAGGUCAAGGCAACUGCCGUAGUGGAGAUGUGA